ACCGUGAAGCCCCAGUGCUGCGCGGCCUGGGUAAUCACUGCUGGACGUGCAAGAGCCAUGGCGGGCGUGGUGGACUUCCAGGACGAGGAGCAGGUGAAGUCGUUUCUGGAGAACAUGGAAGUGGAAUGCAACUAUCAAUGCUACCGCGAGAAGGACCCGGACGGUUGUUAUCGGCUGGUGGACUAUUUGGAAGGGAUCCAGAAGAAUUUUGAUGAGGCUGCCAAGGUGUUGAAGUUCAACUGUGAAGACAACAAACACAGUGAUAGCUGCUACAAACUGGGGGCCUAUUAUGUGACUGGAAAAGGUGGACUGACCCGGGACCUGAAAGCUGCCUCCAGCUGCUUUCUGAUGGCGUGUGAGAAGCCUGGAAAGAAGUCUGUGGAGGCAUGUCACAAUGUUGGUCUCCUGGCACAUGAUGGACAGGUCAAUGACGAUGGCCAGCCUGAUCUAGGGAAGGCCAGAGACUAUUACACAAGGGCCUGCGAUGGCAGCUAUGCCUCUAGCUGCUUCAACCUCAGUGCCAUGUUCCUGCAGGGUGCCCCUGGCUUUCCCAAGGACAUGGGCCUGGCAUGCAAAUACUCGAUGAAAGCCUGUGACCUGGGCCAUGUCUGGGCCUGUGCCAACGCUAGCCGCAUGUACAAGAUGGGGGAUGGUGUCGAUAAGGAUGAAGCCAAAGCCGAGGUGCUAAAAAAUCGGGCCCUGCAGCUGCAUAAAGAACAGCAGAAAAACGUCCAGCCUUUAGUGUUUGGGUAGUGUGACCCACCCUCGUGGGCAACAGCUUGAGGCUGGCACCUCCUAUUUCUGAUGCAGCCCUUGGAGGCCAACCUGCUGGAGCAGGAAGACUUGGGACUUAAUGUCAGUAGCUCUGGUUACGUAGACCCAUUGCCCCAGAGUGUCACCUACUGGAUGUAGCCUGAAGUGUUUAUUUAUUCCUUUAACUGGUAUGUUCUGUGAAGAUACUCACAUUAAUGGGGUCUUAGUUCUCAGACUCUUGUACCUCUAUGAUAAACAGUGAUCUAGAGAGACAGAGAGAUUUUGGGGACUGGGAAGGAGAGACAAAGAGCAGGAAUUUGGAAAACCUAGCAGCUGCAGAGCCUGAAGGAAUCAAACAUUAUAUUACCAUCAUCAUCAUGAUUAUUUUAGUUCGGAGGGCUUGAAAAUCAGAAAGUGUCUUGAUCUACAUAAUAGAGGGCUUAAGGAUCUAAGAACAGCGAAAUAGUCACGACUGCCACCCUCUGACUUAUGUAAUCAUUGGUGUGGGCUCCCUUUUUGCCUUUAGAGUCACAUUUUUCAAUAUAUUUCAUAGAGAUUGGGAGGGGUAAAGGUCGUUAUGGUUCAGGGUAGCUAAAGAGGAUGAAAUAUAAGCCCUUCCUUAGUGGAGACAUUCAGAGUUAAAAUUAGCACCCCCGGUCCACUCAUCUGGUACUGCUCAUCACGCAUGGGAAACAGACUAUUCCCAAGGCAACUUCAGGUAGGGAUUUAUAAGCAUUAUGUUUUGUGACACAUUUUGUCCCUCAGAACUGAAACUUUUUAACUGUCCGUGUGAAUAAACUAUUUUGAUUGAU